AUGGAGAAUGCUGCAUUUAAGCAGUGGGAGUUUUGGGCUGGUCUUGAAGAGAAAUAUCUCAAGCAGAAGUCGAAAUUGCAUUGGCUCCAAGUGGGAGAUAGAAAUAAUAAGGUCUUUCAUAGAGCGGCACAAGAACGGGUGGCUAUGAAUUCUAUAAAGGAGAUUCAAUGUCUAGAUGAUCAGCACGCUCUAACCCGGGUAGUGUCAGGUGAUGAGAUCAAACAAGUUUUGUUCUCCAUGCCAAAUGAUAAGUCUCCUGGACCGGAUGGUUACACUUCUGAGUUCUACAAAUCUGCGUGGGGGAUUUUGGGCACAGAGUUUGUUUUAGUGGUUCAAUCGUUCUUCGCUAAAAUGUUACUACCCAAAGUUAUCUCAAAAAUCAUUGCCAAUAGACUAAAGAGGGUGUUGCCAAAGUUCGUGUCUAGCAAUCAGUCUGCGUUUGUGCAGGAUCGUUUGUUGAUUGAGAAUGUGUUGUUGGCCACAGAGAUUGUUAAAGAUUAUCAUAAGAAUUCCCUCACUGGACGGUGUGCCAUCAAGAUUGACAUUUCCAAAGCGUUUGACUCAGUUCAAUGGUCGUUCUUGUCUAAGAGUCUUACGGCUAUGAAAUUUCCUCGAGUUCUAGGGGACUACGUCAAGGGUGUUCUUUGUCCCCGUAUCUGCUUGUUCUAUGCAUGGAUGUUCUAUCUAAACUAUUGGAUCGGGGAGGCUGGGGAACACGUAUUUGGGUACCACCCACAGUGUCGUAAUCUCAACCUCACUCAUCUUAGUUUCGCGGAUGAUUUUAUGGUCCUUUCUGAUGGGAAAUUACGAUCUAUAGAGGGGAUCAUAAGGUUGGCGGAAGAAGUGGUUUCACAGAUGAAUGUUCAGGUUCCCUUUGAGGUUGGUACACUGCUAAUACAGAAACGGAUUGGAUCAUGGACAGCUCGUUACCUCUCUUAUGCGGGUCGUUUCAACUUGAUCUCUACUGUAUUGUGGAGCGUGUGUAAUAUUUGGAUGGCUGCUUAUCGUCUACCUAGUACAUGUAUUGAUGAGAUUAACUUCUGCUUUUUUGUGGUCUGGGAUGGAGAUGAACACUCGGCGAGCAAAGGUAGCUUGGGAGGCUGUCUGCAAACCAAAAACAGAGGGAGGUCUAGGGUUGAGGUGUCUCAAAGAGGCAAACUUGGUAUGUUGUCUGAAUUUUAUAUGGAGGUUGGUAUCUCACAGUGA